AUGGCCUGGCAUGCCUCACACCCACGGCUGCUACUGCUGCUGUUGCUGUUCCCAGGCUCUCAGGCACAAUCCAAGGCUCAGGCCCUUCACAAAGAGUCAGGGCAGACGCUGACGGUGAGAUGCCAGUACCCUUCCAACAGCAGGUUCUACGAGACGAAAGGCUGGUGUAAGGAGGCGUCAGCAUUCAAGUGCAUCAGGUUAGUCACCAGCUCCAAGCCCAGGACGCUGGCUUCGAUCUCUCGAUUCUCAAUCUGGGAUGACCCUGAUGCUGGCUUCUUCACUGUCAUCAUGACUGAUCUGAGAGAGGAAGACUCAGGACACUACUGGUGUAGAAUCUACCGUCCUUCUGACAACUCUGUCUCUAAGUCUGUCAGAUUCCAUCUGGUGGUGUCUCCAGCCUCUGCCUCCACAUGGACCACCUGGGCUCCCCGCAACCUGGUCUCUUCACAGAGCCAGACCCAGAGCUGUAUGCCUCCCACUGAAGGAGCCAGAGAAGCCCCUGAGUCUCCAUCUACCAUCGCUGCCCCUUCACAGCCACAGAACUCCACUCUCCGCCCUGGCCCUGCAGCCCCCAGCGCCCUGCUCUCUGUGCUCUGUGGACUCCUCGGAGCCAAGAGCCUGGUGCUGUCAGCCCUGCUCGUCUGGUGGUGACGGGACAAGUGGUGGAAAACCCUGAUGGAACUCAAGAGCCUGGAUACUGAAAAAGCCACCUGCCACUUUCAACAGGUCACGGACCUUCCCUGGACCUAAGUUUCCUCAACUGUAGAAAAAGAAAAAUCACACCACACUCUUGCAAGGACCAAGAUAAGCCAUGCUGAUGAAAACACUUUGUAA